GACACGGUCGGGCCUAGCCCAGAGACAUGGACAGAUGCUACGACCCAGGUCUGGAUGGCAUCCCCGACUAUGAUGACUUUGAAUUCAGCCCCUCCAUUGUGGAGCCCAAGGAUCCAGCCCCAGAGACAGCUGAUGGCCCCUAUCUGGUGAUUGUGGAGCAGCCCAAGCAGCGGGGCUUCAGAUUUCGAUACGGCUGUGAGGGCCCCUCCCAUGGAGGCCUACCAGGUGCCUCCAGUGAGAAGGGCCGGAAGACCUACCCUACUGUCAAGAUCUGUAACUAUGAGGGACCAGCCAAGAUUGAGGUGGACCUGGUAACACACAGUGACCCACCUCGUGCGCAUGCCCACAGUCUGGUGGGCAAGCAGUGCUCAGAGCUGGGGGUCUGCGCUGUGUCUGUAGGACCCAAGGACAGUACUGCUCAGUUUAAUAAUCUGGGUGUCCUGCACGUAACCAAGAAGAACAUGAUGGAGAUUAUGAUUCAGAAACUUCAAAGGCAGCGGCUUCGUUCCAGUCCGCAGGGCCUUACAGAGGCUGAGCGGAGGGAGCUGGAGCAGGAGGCCAAGGAGCUGAAGAAAGUAAUGGACCUGAGCAUCGUUCGGCUGCGCUUCUCCGCUUUCCUCCGAGCUAGCGAUGGCUCCUUCUCCUUGCCUCUGAAGCCAGUUAUCUCCCAGCCCAUCCAUGACAGCAAGUCUCCAGGGGCCUCAAACCUGAAGAUUUCCCGAAUGGACAAAACAGCAGGUUCUGUGCGUGGUGGUGAUGAAGUUUAUUUGCUUUGUGAUAAGGUGCAGAAAGAUGACAUUGAGGUUCGGUUCUAUGAGGAUGACGAGAAUGGGUGGCAAGCCUUUGGGGACUUCUCUCCUACAGACGUUCAUAAACAGUAUGCCAUUGUGUUCCGGACACCGCCGUAUCACAAGAUGAAGAUAGAGAGACCUGUGACGGUGUUCCUGCAGCUGAAACGCAAGCGUGGGGGGGACGUCUCCGACUCCAAACAGUUCACCUAUUACCCUCUGGUGGAAGACAAGGAGGAAGUGCAGCGGAAGCGGAGGAAGGCCUUGCCCACCUUCUCCCAACCCUUCGGGGGCGGAUCCCACAUGGGUGGGGGUUCUGGGGGCUCUGCUGGGGGUUAUGGAGGCGCUGGAGGAGGUGGCAGCCUCGGCUUUUUCCCCUCCUUGACCUACAGCCCCUACCAGUCCGGCGCGGCCCCAAUGGGCUGCUACCAGGGCUCGCGAGUACAACGCGCGCCUGUUCGGUCUGGCGCAGCGCAGCGCCCGAGCGUUGCUGGACUACGGCGUCACCGCCGACGCGCGCGCUCUGCUGGCGGGACAGCGCCACCUGCUGACGGCCCAGGAUGAGAACGGAGACACGCCACUGCACCUGGCCAUUAUCCAUGGGCAGACUGGAGUCAUUGAGCAGAUAGCCCAUGUCAUCUGUCAUGCCCAGUACCUUGGGGUCAUCAACCUCACUAACCACCUGCACCAGACACCUCUGCACCUAGCAGUAAUCACUGGGCAGACAAGGGUGGUGAGCUUCCUGCUGCAGGUGGGUGCAGACCCCACACUGCUGGAUCGACAUGGAGACUCGGCUGUGCACCUGGCUCUGCGGGCAGGUGCUGAAGCCCUAGGCCUGUUGCAGGUGCUGUUGCAUAGUGGGGCCCAUGCUGUGCCCCAAAUAUUGCACAUGCCUGAUUUUGCAGGACUAUACCCAGUACACCUGGCAGUGCAUGCCCGGAGCCCCGAGUGCCUCGAUCUGCUAGUUGACAGAGGAGCUGAAGUGGAGGCAGCAGAGAGGCAAGGGGGCCGAACACCCCUGCAUCUAGCCACAGAGAUGGAGGAGCUGGGUUUGGUCACCCAUCUGAUUACCAAGCUCCAUGCUAACGUGAACGCCCGGACAUUUGCUGGAAACACACCCCUCCACCUGGCAGCUGGACUUGGAUCCCCAACCCUCACUCGCCUCCUCCUAAAGGCUGGUGCUGACAUCCAUGCAGAGAACGGGGAGCCUCUGUGCCCUCUGCCCUCACCCCCCACCUCUGGGAGCGACUCUGACUCUGAAGGGCCUGAGAGGGAUACCCAAAGAAACUUCCGGGGGCAUACACCUCUCGACCUCACGUGCAGCACCAAGGUGAAGACUCUGCUGCUAAAUGCUGCUAAGAGCACCAUGGAGCCACCCCUGACCCCACCCAGCCCUGCAGGGCCAGGGUUGUCACUCGGGGAUGCAGCCCUGCAGAACCUGGAGCAGCUGCUAGAUGGGCCAGAAGCCCAGGGCAGCUGGGCAGAACUGGCAGAGCGACUGGGGCUGAGAAGUCUGGUGGACACAUACAGGAAGACCCCCUCACCCAGUGGCAGCCUCCUGCGUAGUUACAAGCUGGCUGGUGGGGACUUGGGGGAUCUGCUGAAGGCCUUGAAGGACAUGGGUAUACACGAGGGAGUGAAGCUGCUGGAAGGUCCCGAGACCCGAGACAAGCUGCCCAGCACAGCAGAGGCAAAAGAAGACAGUGCCUACGGGAGCCAGUCGGUGGAGCAGGAGGCAGAGAAGCUGUGUCCACCCCCCGAGCCACCAGGAGGGCUCUGCCACGGGCACCCCCAGCCUCAGGUGCACUGAUGGUGCCAACGUCUUCCACCUGGACCCCUCUGUACAGCACCCCUGCUUCAUCUGUAUCUUAUUUAACACCUCAAGCCACACCUCAGUGGGCCAAAUAAAGGAUUCCUUUGGGAAGGGGAAGGCCCAUUCCCAACUUAUGGUACGGCAACGCCAA